AUGGUUAAUCUUUUAGACCAUCUGUUAUACCUACUACUAAUCAUUAUAGCGGUGAGUGUCAUAUUAUCACCAUACGGAACCACUAAAAGAAUCAACAAUUCAAACCCUACCUCUCUUUCGAUCCAAUUCAGAUUUGAUAGCAAUCAGAAUCUUGAGAUGGCUUCAAAGCGGAUUCAAAAAGAGUUGAAGGACUUGCAAAAGGAUCCACCUGCUUCUUGCAGUGCUGGCCCAGUUGGGGAAGACAUGUUCCAUUGGCAAGCAACCAUAAUGGGCCCAUCGGAAAGCCCAUUUUCUGGUGGAGUAUUUCCUGUGUCCAUUAAUUUCCCACCUGAUUACCCUUUCAAGCCACCAAAGGUUUCCUUCAGAACAAAGGUGUUCCAUCCAAAUAUAAACAGUAAUGGUAGCAUCUGCCUUGAUAUUCUCAAGGAACAGUGGAGUCCUGCACUCACCAUUUCAAAGGUUUUGCUGUCGAUUUGCUCAUUGUUGACAGACCCGAACCCUGAUGAUCCGUUAGUGCCAGAGAUUGCUCAUAUGUACAAGAACCAAAGGGACAGGUUUAUGUGUUGGGUCCCCUUUGUUGAGGCUCAUUGUAUAUUGGACUCGGAUGUCAAAGAUGACAUUGAGUAG